CUCUGCAUCUCACUCUCUCUCUCUCUCUCUCUCACUCUCAUUAAUUCAUUCAUGCACUGCUGUGGUGGGGUGUGAAAUCACAGGACUGGCUAUAAGCACUCGCUCGCACCCUCUUAAAUGCAGAUUGCCCGGUGAGAUCUUACUGGUGCUGCAUUGUUCUCAGAGGCUCGAGAUUCCUACAGCGGAUGAAGGAUGGUGCAGUUUUGGAUAGUGCUCGCCUUUGUCUGCCUCCUGAGAAGCUCCCAGGCCAUCAACGUCUUCGUAGCCCAGCAGAACCCCCCAGACCCCUGCUAUGACGAGGCCGGGCAGCCCAAGCGCUGCAUUCCUGACUUUGUCAACGCUGCCUUUGCCAAAGAGGUGCAGGUGUCCAGCACGUGUGGGAGGCCUCCAAACAGAUACUGCUUCAUCAAUGAGAAGGGAGAGGUGAAAACCAAGACAUGCCAGAUCUGCAAUGCUUCCGACCCCAGAAAGGCCCACCCGCCUUCUUACUUGACUGACUUGAAUAACGCCCACAAUCUAAGCUGCUGGCAGUCGGAAAACUUUUACCAAUCUCCCUACAACGUCACGCUUACGUUUUCCCUGAACAAGAAAUUUGAAAUCACCUACGUCAGCUUGCAGUUCUGUUCCCCUCGCCCAGAAUCCAUGGGGAUAUUUAAAUCAAUGGAUUAUGGGAAGACGUGGGUGCCCUUCCAGUAUUAUUCCUCUCAGUGUCGCAAAAUGUACAAUAAGCCCAACAAAGCCACAAUCACCAAACAGAACGAACAGGAAGCUCUGUGCACAGAUGGGCACACUGACCUUUAUCCUCUGACCGGAGGGCUGAUUGCCUUCAGUACUCUAGAUGGGCGUCCCUCAUCUCAAGACUUUGAUAACAGCCCAGUCCUGCAGGACUGGGUGUCGGCCACAGACAUCAGGGUGGUGUUCAGCCGGCCCCAUCUCCUCCGGGACCUAGACCGGCACUACAAUGGGAGAGAUGGGAAGCAAGAGGAGAUCAGCAUGAUCCAAGACUCUUAUCAUUAUGCUGUGGCUGACUUUCAGGUGGGCGGACGCUGUAAAUGCAAUGGACACGCAUCUUGUUGCGUCAAGGACAAAGCAGGGAAUCUGGUUUGCGACUGCAAGCACAAUACUGCUGGUCCCGAAUGUGACAAGUGCAAACCCUUUCAUUACGACCGACCGUGGCAGAGAGCAACAGCUAGAGAAGCCAACGAAUGCUUGGCUUGCAGCUGCAACCUCCAUGCUAGGCGAUGCCGCUUCAACAUGGAGCUCUACAAACUCUCAGGCCGCAAGAGUGGAGGAGUUUGCCUCAACUGUCGGCACAACACUGCAGGACGCCACUGCCACUACUGUAAAGAGGGCUUUUACCGGGACCUGACCAAACCGAUCACCCACAGAAAGGCAUGCAGAGCUUGUGAUUGUCACCCUGUUGGGGCAGCUGGCAAAACCUGCAACCAGACGACAGGGCAAUGCCCAUGCAAGGACGGAGUGACAGGCGUGACCUGCAACCGGUGUGCCAAAGGGUACCAGCAGAGUCGAUCUCCCGUUGCUCCCUGUAUCAAGAUCCCAGCUGUACCACCGACGUCUAUGGUGAGCAGUACAGAAGAGCCUGCAGAUUGUGAAUCCUACUGCAAACCUCCAAAAGGAAACCUGAAAAUCAAUAUGAAAAAGUAUUGCAAGAAAGAUUACGCUGUUCAGGUCAGUGUUCUAGAUAUGGAGACUGUGGGUGACUGGGCAAAGUUCACGGUGAAUAUUGUGUCCGUGUACAAGAGCAGGGAUGAGCGCAUUAAACGGGGUGAUCAGUUCCUAUGGAUUAACAUGAAGGACCUGGCCUGCAAGUGUCCAAAAAUUCAGAUGACAAAAAAGUACCUGGUGAUGGGCAACACCGACAGCUCGUCUGAGCGGCUAGGUGGACUGGUGGCUGAUAAGAACAGCCUUGUCAUUCAGUGGCGGGAUGUCUGGACAAGACGACUUCGGAAAUUCCAACGGAAAGAGAAGAAAGGAAAAUGUGGGAAGGCUUGAGACAAUUGCUUGGGAAAGACUCUGUAUGUCUAUAGCACCGUGGGCCACAAUGUAAAUAAGACACUUUUCUUUCAAGAUAUUUACCUUUCAGAACUGCCAGAAGAACCUUUGAUCAGAAGGAAGAGACUGGAGGCAGUAAACAAUAAUAUGAUAUUCAAUCCAGUGUAUUACGGCAAUGGCAGAUUACUGACAAGAAUGCUUUUAGAGAUCAGUCUACCCUUUCCAGAAUGAGAUCACUUAAUCACUGUCAACAUACAAAAUCAGGCUACAAUCCUGAUCUGAUUCCCAGAUGCUGAGUUGGGUUCAACCUGCUCAAUGCCCUUACCCUGAUACUUUUCUCCUUUGAAUGCUGUCUGUGAUUGGUUAGCUGUCCCAACUGAAGCCUAUCUUGCUGCUUGUUUAUUUGGUUUCUUAGUUUGCAAACUAUUACAAUUAACUACUGGCAAGAGGCAAAAUUGUUUCUGUGUGUUGUGUGUGGUAUGUGUUAUGUGUGUGAAUGUAAGUGAACCCUACUUCUGUAAAUAUGGACUGGUUCCAGUUAUCUUGUUUUUAAAAAAAAUUGGCAUAAGCAGGCAGUCUGUUAACAUUGCAUUUGAACCUAUAUUGAAAAAAUCCAUCUUAAAGGAUCCAUUAGUACAAAGCAGCUCUGACCCACGGUAUUCUAAUCCUCCACUGAAACAGCACGUAUUGACAUCCAGUGGCCCAUUGCACACGCCCGAAAAGCUCUAGCAGUAACAGUUCACGGCAACACUAUCAAAUUUACUCUGUUCUCCAAUCAAACAUUUACCUAUGCCUCAUUAAUAAUAAACCCUUUAAAAUAUACUACUGUUAUACAUCUAAGACACCAUACAUAGCUUCUGAUAUAAAAGCCAUUGUAUCUGAAAAAUCUACCAACCCUUAAUGGUUGUAAUAUCAGUUUCCAGAUUUAUGUACACGAUGGUUUCAGAUGCUUCACUGGCUAAAAAAUCCCAUAAAACAUGUUCUUUAGAAGGCACUCGCUGAAAUGUAGUUUGUCUAUAACUUUCAAAGGGUAAUAUUAUAUCUGCUGCAUCCUGCAUCCUGUAUUCCAUCCAAAGAUAGGAGAAAUGGCAAAUUUGUGAGCUCCAUAAGCCAUCAUAUGCUGACAGAUCUAAGGAACCAAGUGAAUUUAUUGCAAGCUAUGUACCGCGAGUCUGGUCGCUACUCAGCCUAAAAUACAAGUCUAACUAGUUUUACUCAGAUUACCACAAAAAAGUAAUGUAAUUAAAUAUUUUUAGAAAGGAACUAUCCCAUAAAAUUAAACGAUUAUGCAAUUAUAAACCAGGUUGCAUUCAUUCUAUUUGUGAUGAGAGUGAUCUCAGACAAUGACGUCGCAAUCUGCCCGCAACAUCCAGCAAUGGCAAUUAAUCCUUAGCACCCAAUAUACUGUACAAGCCACACAAUGCACUGGCUGACUGAGUGCAAGGCAUUUUAACAAGGGCAAAAGUGACGAGGAGAAAGUAGUGGAAGUAUAAAUAAUGUUGCGUAGAUACCAAUGUAAUUUUUUCAUAAGUCAUGUUGCAAGAAAUGGGAUUGGUUUGGAUCUUUAGUUCUGAAUGCUAACCCUCUCUUGAGGACUGCUUGAUGUACUUUUUUAAACUCUAACCUCUCUGUUGACUGUGUAAAGCAUUGAACUCAGUUCCUUAUGCUUGUAGGUGCACAGAGCAAUUGCAUUCUCACUGAGGGAGAUUAGAAAGGAGUAGUUGAAAAAGAGAAUGCAAAUUGCAAUCAGGGUAAGGGAUGCUCUUCUGAGAUGAGAUUUUAGGCAUAUGUAUUGAGCAGUGUAGAGAAGCUUUACUUCGUAACCCAUGUUGUACUUGAUCUUAGAGUGCUGGAUAGAAUUAGUAUAGAGGAGCUUUUUUUGUAGCUAACCUGUACUAUACCCAUCUGGGAGUGCGUCAAGAUGGUUUAUUCUCCACUAAUAACUCACCCAUAACUGCAUUUUCAGACUGUAACAUUUAAGGCCCACAGUGCUCCACAAUCAUAAUUGUUGAUUGUGAAGAAGGAAAGUACAAUAACUGUUAAAACAAUUGUGAAACAUGCUUUUAAAGUCAUCAAUUGUGAGCUCCACAGCUUGAAAGCCUAAAGUAUGCAAUUUGUGUAUAUACUACUGAUCUUUUCUCUCUUUCCCCCACCCCCUUACACUGAUAGGAGCUUUACUUUGUAACCCAUGCUGUACUUGACCUGAGAGUGCUGGAUAGUAUAGAGGGAGCUUUUUUUUGUAGCUAACCUGUACUAUACCCAUCUGGGAGUGUGUCAAGAUAGUCCAAGCUGCCCUGCUUACUGAAGGGUCUUCAUCGAUCAUAGAAUCUCAUGUUAUUGAGGUAUGGACUGAGCCCAGAGUUUGCCCAAACUGGCCACUCUCUGAGCUGGGUCUGAUGCUUCUAUAAAACAAAACAAUUGACACAAAUGUGCAGAAGGAACAACAUGUCUCCUGUUUGCAGUCUAUCAUUAUUUCCAAUGUUCAGAUGAACUGUUGCUGCUGUAGUGUGACUGGGCCCAGUCUCUGAAGUAAAGUGUAAAACUUUAUAAAAUAUAUAUUAUAUAUACACACAUCUAUAUAUAAAUCUACCUGCUCUGCGGUGGUUGCACGUGACUCUGGAAGAUCACGUUAAUGGAAAAAAAUGAAUUGCCUUUUACACGCUCUCAGUCAGCCUUGGUCUAAAUAGAUUUGGAAGUGAGACAUGUACUUUCAGAGCUAGGUUUGCAUACCAUCGAACUGGGGAGAUAAACACUGUGUUGUUGUGGUCACAUGUGCACCAGAUUCCCAAUGAUUUGGAAGGGGGAGCAAGGAGUUGUAUGUGGUCUUCAAGACUAUCCUUUCAGCAAAACUCCUCCGUGUUAUUUUUGUUUUUGUGAUUCUAUUCAUGUUGCCAUUUGUUCUGUCCACAAGAUAUUCUCGACUGACUCACUCCUGAAACUGCAGAAUAAUUUCAUCUGAAUUGAAGGAGCAUGGUUAAUGGCCACCAUUUUGACUAUACAAUUAAUGCAAACAAGUCCCUCGGGGCUGGAGGAACGCUGUUUCCCAAUUUCCUCUUCUGCUACAGGCUUUGCAUUGAGAGCAAUUUUAUUUCAGGUUGCUUUAUAUCUGCACCCAGUGUGUAAAUAAAUCCAAACACCAUCCUGUGUAGUGCGCUGGUGCUCUUGAAGGGGGGAAGGAAUUGUCAUUUUGUGAAGAUUUUCAAUUGAAAUAACCUUGCAACCCACAGAAUGUAAUAAUGAUCCAAUCAAUGAGAAAACAGAGGCUAACAUAUACACUAACCAGAUUGGGACACAUUGGAUCGAGUCUCCACCUUGGCUCCUUAUAGCCACAGACUAUGAUGUCAGUUGUCCUUCCGAGGUUAGCCUGUGCUUCAGAUUGUCUCCACUACAAGCUUUUCAAUACAGCAUGGCAAGUUCUGACUCCUGUAAAUUUGCAUGAGAUUUUUUUUUAGCUUGUUUAUUUAUGUGAUUUUUUUAAUGUUUAUAUGAAAUAAAAACUUUAUUGAGUUUCCUCUGUUAUCUUCUUGACUGUGCUGCAUAAAAUGCAGUGAAACUCCAUUGGACAUAACUGACAUAGUCCCUUUGACUCGACGCAUUUGGACCACAUUGCCCGCUAUGGCUGCCUGGGUGGGUUGUGUUCCGAUUGUGAUAUGGUAUCGUUGAUGGUAUUGUUGCUUGCAGUGUAAAAAGUGGGCAUGGGCACUAUCAUGUGGCACCACAGUUGGCAAUGUGGCAGCGAAUGAGUAGAGUUUGAAAAAAGUGAAUGUUUUUGUUAAAUGAAUAGAAAUUAAAAAAAGUUUUAAAAAA